CCGCUGCAGCCGCAGUGACAGGCGAGCCGGGCGGGUGACGGGAAGUGCGGGCCGCGGGCGCGGGCGGGAGGUGACAGCAGCCACGCGGGGAAGAUGGCUGAGGACUUCGGCUUCUUCUCGUCGUCGGAGAGCGGGGCCCCCGAGGCCGCAGAGGAGGACCCGGCGGCCGCCUUUCUGGCCCAGCAGGAGAGCGAGAUUGCUGGCAUCGAGAAUGACCCGGGUUUCGGGGCACCUGCCGGCAACCAGGUGGCUUCUGCGCAGCCGGGACUCGCGAGCGGGGCUGGUUCCGAGGACAUGGGGACUACAGUCAAUGGAGAUGUGUUUCAGGAGGCUAACGGGCCUGCCGACGGCUAUGCUGCGAUUGCCCAGGCGGACAGGCUGACUCAGGAACCCGAGAGCAUCCGAAAGUGGAGGGAGGAGCAGAAGAAGCGGCUGCAGGAGCUGGACGCUGCCUCCAAGGUGACUGAACAGGAAUGGCGAGAGAAAGCCAAAAAGGACCUAGAGGAGUGGAACCAGCGUCAAAGUGAACAGGUUGAGAAGAACAAGAUCAACAACAGGGUCGCUGACAAAGCGUUCUACCAGCAGCCAGAUGCGCACAUCAUUGGCUAUGUGGCAUCUGAAGAGGCGUUUGUGAAGGAAUCCAAGGAGGAGACCCCAGGCACAGAGUGGGAGAAGGUGGCCCAGCUGUGUGACUUCAAUCCCAAGAGCAGCAAGCAGUGCAAAGAUGUGUCCCGCCUGCGCUCGGUGCUCAUGUCCCUAAAGCAGACACCGCUGUCCCGCUAGGUGCCUGCCAUAAGGAUGGCCACAAAGCAUGGGCCUUGCUGGGGCAGAGGAACAGCUGCUUCAGCCAGGGUGGAACUUCCUCUGGCAGCUGCCACACACAGCCUGUUCUGUUCCUCUGCAUCUCCGGGAGCUGGGAAGUGGGACCCUUACCCCUUUCAACCCCAACUCCCUCCUGGCCCCACGUUCCAGCCCCUCAUGACUCCUUUGUGACUGUCCCUCCUGAUGUAUUUUUUCUUGGCUUAAAGGGUAUGUUAACUCUU